CAAUCGGUAUUUUCCCAUCUCUAGCUCGGGAUAUAAUCAACACACGGAUUUUAUUUUUGUGGAUUUGGAUAGGAUCGGCGGAUUGCAAUACAGUCAAGAUGGGCGAUGUGGACAAGUGGAUAGAGAUGGUGAAGGAGUGCAAGUACCUGCCGGAGAACGAGCUCAAGAAGCUCUGCGAGAUGGUGUGCGACAUUCUGCUGGAGGAGACGAACAUCCUGCCUGUGAGCACGCCCGUUACCGUUUGCGGCGACAUCCACGGCCAGUUCUACGACCUGGAGCAGUUGUUCCGUACAGGAGGCCAAGUGCCCGACACCAACUACAUAUUCAUGGGCGACUUCGUGGAUCGGGGCUACUACUCACUGGAGACCUUCACCAGAUUGUUGACCCUCAAGGCCCGGUACCCCAGCCGGAUCACCCUGCUGCGGGGCAACCACGAGACGCGCCAGAUCACCAAGGUGUACGGAUUCUUCGACGAGUGCUUCAGCAAGUACGGGAACGCCAACGGAUGGAAGUACUGUUGCAAGGUUUUCGAUCUGCUCACAAUCGCCGCCAUCAUUGACGAGGAGGUCCUGUGCGUGCACGGCGGCCUCAGUCCCGAGAUCAUUACCCUCGACCAGAUCCGGACGAUCGAGCGGAACGGUGAGAUCCCGUACAAAGGCGCCUUUUGCGACAUGGUUUGGUCCGAUCCCGAGGACAUGGAGUACUGGGGCCAGAGUCCGCGCGGCGCCGGCUGGCUGUUCGGCCACAACGUGACCAAGGACUUCAUGGCCAUCAACAACCUGGACCUGAUCUGCCGGGCGCACCAGCUGGUCAACGAGGGCAUCAAGUACAUGUUCGAGGGCAAGCUGGUAACCGUGUGGUCGGCACCGAACUACUGCUACCGCUGCGGGAACGUGGCAGCCAUCCUAAGCUUCGAGACGGCGCAGCAGAGGCAGACGAAGAUCUUCCUGGCGGUCCCGGACGCCGAGCGGGUGAUACCCAAGCAGAACACCACCCCCUACUUCCUCUAAUGCGAGGCGAGCCCCGUGUGAUACGAUACGAUACCAUAUACCGAUCCAAAUACGAUCCGCCCACUGAAUCGGCAUCGUGGCAAAUUAUUAUGUACGCUUGUGGACCAGCUGAGGGCAGCCUUCGCCUGAUCCAUUUGUCCACCUCUAAACGCCUUUAAGUAAAACAUACACACACAAAAUACCAGAACUCUCAAACACAGAAAACACACACACCUGUAAUAUUCGGCCCUUUUGUAUGGCAAACACAUAUCUAUUUAGUAAGCUCAACGUUUAACCUUUUGUUAUUUGUUUUCGGCAAGUCAAAGUGCAACACCUAUAAUAGAAUGAAAGUAUAUAUUUGAUUUGUUUAGGAAGAAUAUCCAAGUAUUGUAUUUACUGAGAAUGGAUGCUGAAGCAGCUAGAGACAUUUACAGAAGCAUGCCUUUAUAUAAUUCACUAUAUUUUGUAUUCCAAACUUAUUUAUUUCUGUGAAAACACACACGAACUAUAUAUUUUGUACAUUUUGUAUUAAUAAUGCUUUGAUGAAAAUAAGUGGCACAAGAACUACGAAAAACCAAAUGUGUGAUCCCGAUCAAAACGAUACGAUUAAAACAAAAAAGACAAUUUUGAAA